AUGGAAAAAACUGCUGUUAUAUGCGUGGCUUCAAUACUCAAUGCAACUUUGCUGCUUCUUGCAUUAACUCUUAACCAAGGAGUGCAAGGAAUUGGUGUAAAUUAUGGCACGGUAGCAAACAACCUUCCCACACCAACUCAAGUUGCAAAAUUUCUCUUACACUCAACCAUAGUUAACCGGGUGAGAAUCUUCGAUGCCAACCCGGAAAUUUUACAUGCCUUUGCUAACACUGGGAUAGAGAUCACCAUAAAUGUCCCUAAUGAUCUAAUCCCACACAUGACUAAUUUAAGCUUUGCUGAACAAUGGGUCAAAACCAAUGUCCAACCUUUCAUCCCUGCCACAAACAUUAUCAGAAUUUUAAUAGGCAAUGAAGUCUUAUCCACUGCUAACAAGCUUCUAAUCAGCAACCUUGUACCUGCCAUGCAAACCCUUCACACAGCCCUUGUGGCAGCUUCAUUAGACAAUCGCAUAAAAGUGUCAACACCACACUCUUUGGGCAUUUUGUCAAACUCAAACCCACCAUCUAGUGGCAAGUUUAGGCAAGGUUAUGAUACCCAUGUACUCAAACCAAUGCUUAGUUUUCUUAAUGAUUCCAAUGCACCCUUUAUGGUUAACCCAUACCCUUUUUUUGGAUGCUCUGCCAACACCCUAGAUUAUGCACUUUUCAUGCCAAAUUCAGGUGUGUUUGAUGAUAACACUAAGCUCCAUUACACAAACAUGUUAGAUGCACAACUUGAUGCUGUUUAUUCAGCUUUGAAAGAUUUGGGCUUUGAGGACAUUGAGAUUGUUAUUGCCGAAACGGGCUGGCCUUCAGUUGGUGAUCCGGCCCAAGUUGGUGUUGACCCAAAGAGUGCUUCUAACUAUAAUGGAAAUCUCAUUCGCCACGUCACUUCUGGGGCUGGAACACCUCUCAUGCCAAACCGGACUUUUGAUACUUACAUUUUUGCUUUAUUUGAUGAAAAUCUUAAGCCCGGUCCAAUAUGUGAGAGGAACUUUGGGCUAUUCUGGCCCAAUAUGACUCCUGUGUAUGACAUCCCAAUAAUGAGGAACAACGUAGACGUUAAAAAUCAUUCUAAAGCAUUUUUGUCAAUCAUGGUUGUCUUAAGCUUCAUUGGCUCGUGGGCUUAA